GCAUUCAAUUUGGCAGCCCCUAGGCUCCAUGCUUACUAUUCCACGGUGCUUGAUGGUAUCUGUUCAAAGUUCUCAAAGCUGGAGCGCUUCCGGCGGCGGUCCGUGUUCUCGUGCUGUUGUUUUAACUUAGGGCCUCGCGUUCGAGCGUUUAUCCACACGGACCAUUUGAACGCGCCCUUUGUCUGGUGUGCAAUUACUGCACUUGGGCACUCUCCAGGGUCCUCUGUCUUUAUCUUCUCGGCACUGGUGCGACAUUCCAACAUUUCUGUCUCACUCAACGAAACCUGGUUCGCAAUAGUGCAGUGGAUGCCUGGUGCGAUGUGCAGGUGGUUUCGAGAGGAACAUGGGAAAAACGAUAUGGAUGCUGCUAAUCAGGCGCGAUGGAGGGAAGGCUAG